AAAACAUAUACAAACUUGGACAGAACAACUGGCUCGGUCGUUUUUCUAAGCACGACGUGAAGACUGCUUUACGACAGUGUCGUAAAUGGAAACAAACUUGCAGCAGGAGUUUUGUUUACUCUCUUGGGGAGCCAACAGCUACGGACAGCUGGGACAAGGACAUGUGGCGGACCAGAGUGAACCCCGGUUCUGUGACAGUGCUCUGCUACAAAACAGAGCAGUCCGUGCUGUGGGAGGAGGAGGUGGACACUCGGUGUUCAUUACUGAGAAUGGAGAGGUGUAUGUUUGUGGUCAGAACAAUAGAGGACAGCUGGGAUGCGACCAAAAUGCAAACAUUCUAACUCUUCAAUUCUGCCCUACACCAAGUCAUAAGCUAAAAAAUGUAGCCUGUGGUUGGGAUUUUACUCUUUUUCUCACUGACGGUGGUCAAGUACUGGCAUGUGGCUCCAACUCAUUUGGACAGCUGGGAGUUGGUGCAGCGACUGUACAUUCUGCCCAGCUAUUAGUUGUAGAGGGUCUGAAGAAACCAGUAGUCAGUGUAGCAGCAGGUCUGAGACACUCACUGGCUGUAACAGACUCCGGUCAUGUGUAUCAGUGGGGAACAGGUCUUUUCAGAUCACAGUGCCCACCCCCUGUCCCGUCACACCUCAGCUCUAAGGUGCCAUGUUUGGUGCCAGAUCUGGAUCAGAAAACACCACGUGUGGUAGCAGCAGGAUCAGCGCACUGUGUUUAUCUCACUGACGAUGGUGAUUUGUUUCUCUGGGGAAGCAACAGGUUUGGUCAGCUGGCUACCACUCAAGCCUUCCACUCCUCACCUAUCGUUCUGAAGCGCUCACUAUUUAAAGGAGAGAAAGUUAAAAGUGUUUGGAGUGGCUGGACUCACAUCGUUGCUCAAACAGAGAGUGGGAGAGUGUUUACAUGGGGCAGAGGAGCGUAUGGACAGCUGGGCAGAGCAACAUCAAACAGUCAGGAUCCAGAGCAGCAGGCAGGAGCUGCAAACCAGGAGGCUUUCUUCCCUUCAGAAGUUGAAACUCUAUUUGGGGCAACACAGGUUGCAUGUGGCUCUGAACACAACCUCGCCAUUGUAGGAGGUUGUCUUUUCUCCUGGGGCUGGAACGAACACGGGAUGUGCGGAGACGGCUCUCAGACAAACGUCAGCCAGCCGAGGCUGAUGCCUGGUCUCAGACCUUGUCUUGUUGGCUGUGGAGCUGGACAUUCUAUAGCAGUUUGUGCUGCGUUGACUGAACCAUGAUUUAAAAACUGCACUGGCUACAACACGGAGCAUUACGUAAGAGAAAGAAAAACACAAUGACAUUGUAAACAAAGAUGUUUUAGUAACUUUAUAGUACUUUGCGGAAAUAACCCUGAAGGUCGCCUGAGUGCCUCUGAUUUACAGUCUCUUUCACCUGAAAGGUUACCUGAGCCGUGUGCAGAGGUCAUGCUUUAAAUGCGGUUGUCAUUAUUUCGCUGAUGUGGCUGCUCACAGGCCACGGACAGAGGCCGUGAUUCACUUGUCACUUUGAUGGACGUGACAUGGCUACACGGUAUGUGGGCGUGCCUAUAGCUCCUGGUGGCCUCCCUAAACAAACACCGUUAUGGUCGGCUUGAGAGAUGGUCUGCACGGUUGCUACAGCUUCAUCUUCCCACAUCAGUAGGUUUAUUGCUGUCAUCUUCCGUGUCACGAGGCCGUCAAUCUCUGUACAUCAUAGUGAAUAUCAGCUGAUUUACCACCCACACAUACAGGACACUUUUCUUUACAGCCCAUCCCGCCUUUAUGUUCCUGUCAAUCUGUGAGAUAUUCUUCUCGGUAUUAAUUUAUUAUAUAUUUGCACCACUUUCAUACUCUUAUCUUCAAUGAUGCCUCUUGGGAGAAACUUGCACGCUGCAUUUAACCCAGCCUACACAUGUCAAGGCUGCCGGGCUGCAUGUACUGUACUCUACACACCUUUGUUGUUGUGUACCCAUUGUUAUUAUGACAAAGAAAAGAGACAUAUGAGGCAAUACAGGCCACAGAGUUGUCCUGUUGGUUACGUGUUAGGAAGAGCUUGAUGUUGUAUUGUCUUGGUAAUGAUAUUCUGAGCACAUAUACAGACAGAAACAGUCCAGUCUUUUUAACUGCUACUCAGGCCAUGUUGAGUCCAUGUGGCCAUUUCUGUACAAAUCCGUAAUGAUAGACUUCUCAUAUCAGGAUUAUGACUAAAAAAAAAAAAAUACUAAGUCUAAUGGAGUUCGGCUGUAUGACUUUGAGACAUUAUCUUAUAUUAUUUUUAUUUUUAAACCUUUGUCAAAGUUGCAUGAAUGAUCUUUUACCAGGACCUGUUUAA